AUGACUGUGGUACCUGACUUUGAAACCCUGAGAAGUUAUGGCUACAACAGCAUUUUAAGUGUGGUCAUGAGACCAGGAUUAUUGGGUGCAGCAGACGUUCCUACAAGUGACAUAAACAGUACAUUGAAUGAAAUCCCAUGCCCAGGAGAAUGUGUGCAUGCAUUUACUUCUAUUUUAUGUAGUAGAGUAGUUGAACAAUUUACUUGUGGUGCAUCUUAUCUGAGAUGCUGUGUAAGCAGUGACUAUAACUUUGGAACUGUAGUAGAAACAUCUGCUCCUCUACCAGAAGACUAUUCAACUGAAUCUUCUACGGAGUACGAAGUUUUUCUAGUUUCAACAGAGCCUGCUCAUGAAACAACCACUAAUCACAUUUAUAAUUCACCAUCAUCUUCACAGACAUCAACUAAAUAUCAGUCUCGACCUACUACCGAAGCUAAAACGACAACAAUGGCCACAACUACUGAAAAACUUAGACCUUGUAAUGGUAUUUGUGUAGAGAAUAUUUUUGUUCGCUAUUGUAGUGCCACUAUUCCCGGGUAUUGCGAGAAAGGAUCUACUUGUUGCGCUUCACACCAAGAUGAAGACGAUGCUCCCUUAGACACUACAACUACCAAUAUACCAAUAACCACAAAUAAUAUUUAUGAAAAGAGAUACCCCACGACUAGAUACCCAAAUUACGGAUCUUCAUCUGCUUCAACAACAAUAAUAAGUAAACCUGUUUGCCCGGGAUCUUGUGUUGCCCCACUUUUCAGUCUUCUUUGUGAUGUAGUUAGUGAAGUUUAUUCAUGUCCUAAUGACGGCCGUUGUUGCUUAAAUAAUGAUGAACCUAGUAUUCCUACAGCGACGACUCCUGCGAACCAAGAUUACAUGAGUAAUCCUUGCCCAGGUGCAUGCAUACCUAUGUUCCUAAGAGGUAUGUGUAACAGUCCAUCUGAAAUUAUGUUGCAGUCUGAAUGCAAACAGGAUUUCGUUUGUUGCUACCAGCCGGAUGUAAAAGAUCACAUUCAUAUUCCGCCACAAAUUCCUCUCAUUAGACCCGAUUCCCCUCCAUAUGGUUACCCUAAUAUUCCACAGGUUCCUCAGAGCCAUGGUCCACAAGUAAAUCAACAACCUAUGCAUCAUCCUUAUCCACAGAGACCACAAAUUCCCUUUCCAGGCAAACCUGUGCCUCCAGUUACUGCUCCACAUGUUCACAAUCAGGCCAAUUCAAACCAAGGUUAUUUAGUUCCAGGACAAUCAGGGUAUGGCCAGUUGCCUCCUAUGCAAGUUCCGGCAAAUAAUGUCUAUGUGAAACCUUCUUACUCUCAAAAUAACAAUUAUGGAAGCAAUAAUCAACCAAAUUUCCCUCUCAGACCACAGUUAGUUAACACUUCUUUGGAACUCAACCCUUCUAGAUUUACAGGUGUACCACAACAGCCGCUUGCUUUACCAUCACGUCAUGAUUCAAGUGGUCAACAUGCAUAUGAUAAAAGAAAAAAUUUUACUCAUUCUACAGUAUUGCAAAAUAAUCAUCAGCCGAAUGUCAACCAACAUGAUGAUUCUCGUUUCGUUUCUACGACACUAAUACAGAAUCCGAAACCACUCAUGCAACCAGAAGAACCAAUGAAUUCCAACAAACAACAUACUAGCAUACCAGAUCGUUUCGUUGGUACCUCUAUCGAUUUUGGAUCUGACAGUUUGCGACCUAUAGACACUGAUUUAACAAGGGACAGAUUUCAUCCAACGAAUUUUGAAGAUAAGCCUACUUCUUUAAAUGCAUCUAUAAUCAUAGGAUCACCAAGCAGUGAGGAAGUCGUGGAAUCUAGUGCACCUGAAUCAUAUCCUCCUCAUUCACCAGAAUCAUCAGAAACAGUAUUUAUACCACUUCAAGACUCUUUCCGGCCCAUACAAAGUCACCAAAGACCGUUAUCUCCAAGUAGAUCUGACUCAAUAAAUCCUAUUAGGCCUUCAGCAUCAAAUGUAGGAGACAAAACAAUACCAAUAAGACCUCCAGUGCCUUCUGCUAUUGGAGACAAUAUGGUUCCUAUUAGGAAUCAAGUACCUUCAGUUACUGGAGACAACACUGUUCCUAUUAGACAUCCGCCACCUUCAAAUGUAGAUCACCAAACCAUUCAUGUUAGACCUCCUGUACCAUCAAACAUAAAUGACAAAAUUCCCGUUAGACAGUCUAUACCUAUUCCCAUUCCCUCUGACACAAAUGAUAAGAUAAUUCCAUUGAGGCCUAUUCCCAUUCCUAUUCCAACAAAUGUAGGUGAUCAAGUGGUCCCUAUUAGACCACCGAUACCUGUCUCAACUCAGAUGGUCACAGGUGAUAGGAAUUAUUCAAACAACACCAUUUCGAAGAAGCUACAGCCUGAAUGCCCGGGCUCAUGCAUUGGAUCUUUCCUGAGAUUUACAUGCUUUGGAAAUACCGCAAUUUACAAUGGAUUUAGAUGUGAAGAGGAAGGUACUUUGUGUUGCACACCUGUGGAACACAUCGAAAAAUACGAGGAGCAUUUGCAGUCUGGACGGCCAUUGGAUUUGAUUAAAUCAGUUGAAAGCUCUAAAGUAGAAAUGACUCAAGAAGUAACUCGAAGACCUGGAAUGUACGUUUGUGGAAUCAAAGGCAAUCAACGAAGAAAAACAGGAAGAGUAGUUGGUGGAAAAACUUCAGUGCCUGGAGAGUGGUGUUGGCAAGUUGCCUUGAUAAACGCAAAAAAUCAAUACCUCUGUGGUGGUGCUCUGAUUGGAAGUCGGUGGGUCCUCACUGCUGCACACUGUAUUACAUCUUUGGUGAGAAACGGAGACCCCAUCUAUGUUCGUGUUGGAGAUUACGAUUUGGCGAGCCAGUAUGGAACACCAGGGGCCCAGACUCAGAAAGUGUCCACUUCUUAUAUACAUCACAAUCACAAUGGUCAGACGCUGGACAACGAUAUCGCAUUGCUGAGAUUAGAGAACCCUGUUCAACUUCAAGAGAGCGUGUGUCUGGUUUGCCUGCCAGCUAGGGGCGCGGAAAGCCUUCCUGGCAAGCGAUGCACAGUUACUGGUUAUGGGUACAUGGAUGAAAGUGGACCCAUAGCACUCAAGAUUCGUGAAGCGACAUUGCCAAUAGUAGAAGAGAAACUUUGUACCGAGCAAGUGAAUAAAGUCACAGAAAAGCGAUUCAUAUUACCUGCAGGCAGUUUCUGUGCUGGAGGUGAAUCCGGAAAUGACGCAUGCCAAGGUGAUGGAGGAGGACCUCUGACUUGUGAAAACGAAGGCUACCACGAACUUACUGGAUUGGUGUCGUGGGGCUUCGGAUGUGGUAAAGAAAAUGUUCCAGGAGUAUAUGUCAAAGUAUCUGCAUAUAUUGGAUGGAUAAACCAAAUAAUCAGUGUGAAUAACUAACUCUAGCAUCGUUUUUGAUGUAGUCAUUGAAUAUUUAUUUUACCCAAAUUCUCUUGGGUUGUCAUAUUCUCAAAGCGUGAAGACAUUCCAUUUACAUUUCAAUGGACUUCAUAAAACAUAACAUUUUUUAAAAGUUAUUGGCAUCAACUCAUUUUCCAGUGCAUGUUUGAACAGUGAUUUGGAAAAAUUUCACCGCUGGUACGAUGAAUUCAUGGAUAUAGUUUAGUAGAGAUUUUAGUGUAUCGAUUUAAAAUUUCUUUAAUUGAUUAAAAAUGUCCAUAAAGUAAAUAUAUGGGUAUAUAAAUCAAUGAAGUAUUUCUAAUCAUUGAUGAAUGUUUCUUUUAUAUUUUUUGAAACAAUAAAUUGAUUAUAUAUUU